UGGUAUUCAUCAGCUAGCUUCAUUCAGCUGGUCUCAAUGCCCUGGACAAAGAGCUUGGCUUGGAUCCUGCAUGGUCCCCUGUUUGACCACAAUGACAGGUCCAGGACAGAGUCUGGAUCUUGGUCUUUCCAACCUCUGGUGUUGGUAUCUAGGCACAUAGGUCCCCACUACAGUUUUCUUUGUACCAAAGCACACUUUCACCUACUUUUUCUGCAUAGUACCAUAGCAGAUACAGUGGCACUAAGGGCCCCUCCAGAGUCACCCCUUACUCUAGUUCUCUAGCUGUCCUUGAAGUUGCAUUGCAGGCUCCUGGGGAGUCAAGGCCCUGUGCCCCUGUGCCAUUGCUGAUCCUGCAUGAUGGACCUGGACCAGGGCCCUCCUCAGUGUUCAGAGCUAGACACCAAAGGCCCCCAUGUGCCCUCUGCAUUUUCUUCUACCUCAGCUUUCCAAGUAGGUGGGAAUACAAGCACACACCCCUGCACUUUGAUCUGAAUUCUUUUUAAAUAUUAAAUUAUGGCAGGAUUAAACACAGAGGAAAGAGCGAAAGCUCCUGAGGCGGGUGGCAGAGGCUUCUCUGAGCAUUGUGUUCAAAGUCGGCGGGAAGCAAACGUAUCGAAAGCUACAGGCUCCAACGAUCCCUUUUACCAGCAUAAUGGCAGUCCCAGGUUGCAACAAGGACAAUGUCAGAGCAGGCUGUAAAAAACGUGGCUAUCCUGGUCAUCUGACUUUUGAAUGCUGCAAUUUUCUCCGAGUAGACCCCAAAAGGGACAUAGUUUUGGAUGUCAGCAGUACAAGCAGUGAAGACAGUGAUGCAGAGAAUGAGGAACUAUAUAUAUUGCAGGCAUUACAGGAGAAAAGAAUAAAUGAAGAAGAGGAGAAGAAAAAAGAAAAAAGUAAAGGGAAAAUCAAGUUGAAAAAGAAAAGGAAAGGGUCUUAUUCCAGUUCCACUGAAGAAGACUCUUCUAAACAAAAGAAACAAAAAUUUCAGAAGAAAGAAAAGAAAAAAGAAAAAAAGAACAAAUCAAAAAAAGGAAAACAUCACAAAAAAAAAAAGAAGAGAAAAAAGGAAAAGCAUUUUUCUAUUCCUAAUCGUUCUGAGUUCACAAAAAAGUAACUGAGACCUUGGCCUAAGUCAUUAAAUUUAAAAUACCAUCUUUAAAAAUGGCCCUUUCUUGGAUUUUGCUAUAUAAUUAUGCUUUGUGAUAAACCCCAUUCUUUUCCAUAUAGACAUUUUUCAUCAGUGGGACCAUUAUCCCUCUGGCCUUAUGUAUUCAGAUAAGUCUUAUUACCUGAUAGCCAUGCCCCAGGUAUAGAUAUUUGGGCAUACAGAGCACAUGAUUUUUGGUAUUUGUAUCUCUGUUUGGCUAGUGUUAUUACUUCAUAAGUUGAUUGUAAAUGACUUUUUUACAGUCAACAUGAGCAAUCUACCUAACAGUUAAUGAAUAUUCCUGAAUCAAGUGUCCACCUUUCAGCAAAGAAGCUAGGUAAAGAGUAAUGAUUUGUUGUUAAUGCUAAAAAAUAGAAUAGCUUUAUAUAUUAUGACAUAAUAUGUAAAGAUAGUGAAAUUCAUUACUCUGGUUUUUAAAUCUCUAGGCUUUUUAAAAUAGCAUAGGAGAUGAAACUGCUUUACUGAUCUUGAGUAGUUCUUUUUAAAUGAAUGGUGUGUGCAGGAAGAUGAUAACGAGAAUAUUUAUCACAAAAUUUCAUUGCUUUAUAAAAUGAAGAGUUUCUAGUACCUGCCUCCCUUUUGUUUAGUAAUAAUUAAAACAUUUAUUCCUUGGUUAGAAACUAGUUCAACCUGUGAGAAAGUCUGGCAGAGAUGAUGCUAUGUUGGUCAGAGUGUUUAGGGUAGACUCCUGGGUUUUACAAAUGUGCCAUAUUGGCAUAUCUUACAGAGAUACCUCAAAACAGCCAAAUCUUCAUUAGAAAUGAUAUUUAUUGUAUUUAAUAUGUAAACAUUGUGAAGCUUAUGUCUAUGAGUAAUGUGGAAAAAUUUUAUAAACAUUAGAGUAUAUAAAAAAAAACG